ACUCUCCUGCGCCCCCGCAAAUCUUCUUCCACAGCCGCAGUCAAAAGCCCUGCCCUGCGCCCCCGCAAAUCUUCUUCCACAGCCGCUCGUUCCACCCCGACGACGUCUUACCCUUGAACGCGCCGGCGUGGAAGUACACCAACACCGGCAGCUUCCUCUUCUCUUUGUCUCGUCUGGGGAUGUAGAGGCGGGUCUCGGUGGAAGAAGGGGUUGAAUCAGUGGGAAUGAGGCGGAGGGAGGAAGAGAUAAGGGUAGGACCGUAGGAGGUUGGGGGGUUUUGGGGUUUUUUUUCUUAUUUAUUGAAUUAGAAAAUUAAGAAAUAUUUUAUUUAAUGACAUGGCACCAUGUAUAAGCCACGUCAGUAGUUCUUUGAUGAGUCAAUAAUGGAAUAAGUGUUUGACCGUUAAUAUUAACGGUCAACACAAGUUUCGGGCCAAAUUUGUCCAAUAAUUUCAAAAGUAGGCCAUAAAUGUCUUAUUUGAAAAAUGGGGCCAAAACUGUCACUCACGCUAAACUUCAGGCCAAACUAGGGUAUUAACCCUUGAUAAUACGAGGAAUUUGAACCUCUGAUAGAGUUGAAGUACAACCAAUACCUCCAAAAAGUCUUAAACUUUUCUAUCACAUCACAAAAUACUCAUCAAUACAUUAAUUAUCAAACGUCAAAUAAACCAUUCUACCUAGAUAAUUUCUGGAUAGAUAUAGUUUCAAUCUUUGUUGAGAUGUACUGUGCAACUUCAACUUGUAAUCGUCAUAUUACCACGAAAAAAAUAAUUGUGAAGCUAAUACCUCUCAUCCUACCAUUAACAUCGUAACCUCGAGCCGCGCCAAUUACCAAGAGGGUUGUUGUAGCUCUUCAUAAUGAUCGUAUCUGCUAUUUUUAGGGCUAGAAUUUUGUUUCUCAAGAAAGCAAUAGUGACCAAAAAUAGUUAAUCUAUCCAAUGAAUGACACUCAAAAGAAGGUUGUCAAAUCGGUUUAUACUAUUGUGUCUGUUUAAGCCUAGAUUGUUCCAGGUGGUUUGUGCAGAGCAAGCGAGGCGUCUGUUCUAGAUGAAGGGUGCACUCCAACUCCUGCAAAACAAGGGUCCGUGGGCGGUUCCUCGGACACCCUCCAAUGCUUAAGUUAGAGAGAGAAUAAGAAGUGUUGUUUAGGUUUAGAUAGAGAGAGAGUAGUUGAGUUACCAUUAAUGCCGAUACCGGUGUAUUUAUAGUCAGCCAGCUUAGGUAUGAGGCAUUAAAUGCCUUGUCAGGCAGCCUAGGCAUGCUCGGCUUUAUUUGGACCGCCUGCGGCGGGCAUUAAAUGCUCAGUCCUGCUGUGUACGAGGUAAAUAUCCUAGGAAGAUCUACUUUUCCUAACACCAACGCUCUCCUGUGUCGGGCGGCCUACUCCCCGUCGCGUCAUAGGGCGGCCGCCUGUGGUGUCUCUUUUCCCUAUGUCUCCUCGGGUCUCCCACGUUGACUCGGACCCAUCCUUGGGCCUAGCUUCCCCAUCUCCUCGUGGGCCUAACGCGGGCCUCUUAGGCCCAAUACCGCUUAACUAUGGGCCCAACAGUGUCAGUUUAGCAAGUGGUAUGGUUCGACUUAUCAUACAGCCGGUGUGUGUUAGUUCAUGCAGGUUUAAUAAAAUAUGUACAAAUAUAAAAAUCAUCAAAUAUAUUUAAGAAUACAUGAAAACAUAUUUGAAGACAAUAAUUUUUUUUUUUAUGUCAUUAGAUCAUUGGAAUAACCAACAAUACAAGAUAGCAGCUUACACAACUGAUUGUAGCUAGUGACCAAAAUCAAAACCUCACACACUCGCAGGAGACAAAGUAAGAGUCUUACACUCGUAGUGACUGUAGCUAGUGACGAAAAUCAAAUCAAAAUCACCGAAUGGAUUGCGCAUAACUUUCCUUGUCAACUCCCGGCUCAUUGUGCAACGGAUCCACCAUAUCCUCCGGCCAAAUUUGAAAUUUGACAUUAUCAGUCAAAUAUGUCUCCUUAGCCAACCAAGAGCCAUUUUUCUAUGGCUACCCAAAAUGUGGAGGAUUGAAGUGAAGGGAAAAAAAAAAAAGCUCAAAUGCAUAAAUGGCUUUUUAGUUGGACUUGGUCUUACAAAUGAACUGAACAGUUCCUAUUUUCGCUCGACCCGAAAAUAUCAAUUGCACAAUUUUGCACGUCCGCCUUGGGCCGGGAGGUGGGCUUGGCUUGCUCAUGACUAUUGACGGGCUUGCCACGGCCCAAGUUGGUUGUUAACUUACCACACUAGCAAAGUCGAGCGACCAAAUCGUCUCCUUCCUUACCAAACGGCAAAAAAGGCACAAACUGAACAGACGCUUACCAACCACAUUUCGCGGUCGUUUCUCAGCUGAUUCCUCUCUCUCUCUCUCUCUCUCUCUCUCUCGAGAAGAAGGAGAAGGACCGCUCUCUGUCUCACAAACUCUACCUAACCAUCUCCACUCACCCACCCACACAGAAGAACUCAACAACCCCCCGCCUUCAACAAAUUCCCACGAAAAAAUCGAAAGUCCGAAACUCAAAAUCUCCGCCUCCGUCGACUCCGGUUGAUUCCCCCCCUUCUCUUCCCGUGUGUGCAGAGAAGAGAGAGAGAGCUGAGCUGCGGCGGGCUGUUGUGAAUUGAAAUUUUGAACGGAGCCGAGAUUCAAUUUAGGCGGUAAUGGAUGCGAAGGUUGCGCUCAGUAUGCAGCUGCCUGGUGCUUGGGGGGUUUGUGCGGGUGGCGGGGGAUUGAGUUCUGCGUCGAUGUUAUCUUCGAGGGCGAAAAAGAAGAAGAAGGAGGAGUUGCUAAUGCCGGCUAUGAGAUUCUCGGUGGCUCGGAGGAAGUGGAGUGGCGGGAGGCGUUCGGUGUUCUUGGUGGAUGUCUCCUGUUCGUACAAUGAAUACCAAGCACCGACCUUGAAAUCUGAAAAGUCUUGUACUUCCUUCGACGAGUCAGUUGCUUUGAAGACUAAGACACAAGACAUAGAACCUUAUUUGAGAGGACGCUGUAUUUAUCUGGUUGGAAUGAUGGGCUCUGGGAAAACCACCGUGGGCAAAGUACUUGCACAAGUACUUGGGUACUCAUUCUGUGACAGCGAUGCAUUGGUCGAAGAGUCCGUUGAUGGAGCAUCAGUAGCUGAAAUAUUUAACCUAUAUGGUGAAUGUUUCUUCAGAGAUAAAGAGACUGAGGCAUUAAGGGAGUUGUCUCUAAGGAAUCGGUUUGUUGUUUCUACUGGUGGAGGCGCAGUUAUACGGCCCAUCAAUUGGAAAUACAUGCACAAGGGAAUUAGUGUUUGGUUGGACGUGCCUCUGGAGGCAUUGGCACAGAGGAUUGCUGCAGUGGGGACUAAUUCUCGACCCCUUCUCCAUGAAGAAACCGGCGAUGAAUACACAAAGGCUUUGAGACGUCUGUCUUCCCUUUUUGAAGAGAGAAGUGAAGCUUAUGAGAAUGCCACAGUAAAGGUUUCCUUUGAAAAUAUUGCUGCAAAACUGGGACACAAAGACGUGUUGGGUCUAACACCUGCAACAAUUGCCAUUGAGGCACUGGAACAAAUAGAGAACUUCCUCGAACACGAAGAUAGCGAGGCUAGAAUGGAAGCUUGACAAAAGGGCCACCAUUCAAUGGUAACGUUCAUCAUCUGCUAUUUAUCAGAACAUCUUGCACUCACUUGUUCGUCUUGUCGGGAAAGUCUUGCUCGCGAAUCCACGUGUUCCUGCUUCAUGUAAUUUGCUCGGUUGAUUUGUAUAUGUUCGGUGACGGGCUGGCGAGUGAUGUGAUGCCACUGGCUGAUAUGAACUCUAUUCUUCUGUACUUUGAGUUUGUAAUCGUUUGUGUUUAUAUAUGUACUGAGGAAGAGGGGGGGCUUGGUUGAGUUUUGUGUGGUCCAACCGGUCCGUGCUUGAACCUAAAUGUUCUUUUCUUGGCUGGAAAUGCAAAUGUGUAUAAAUGAUUCUGUCCUUGUACUUAUAAUGAGCCUGCUGAAAUCUCCAAAAUCUCACCAUUAAUACAACUGGGUGUAGGUACUUAAUGGGUCACUAAACUAUGUGAAAUGUA